UGAAUGGAGGAGGUGGCUAAAUCCACAUACCUGCCUGGAGGCUUGCUGGCCUCAGAACUCCUCUGCUUGUACAAGCAAGAGCUCUAUCCAUCCUCUGCCUGUCUCUGAGGGAAAAAGGAGUAGCCCAGCCUGCUGUGUGGUUUCGGCUUUUAUGCUGGUUCACUCUGUCUCAGCAGCCAGCAUACAGGGAACAUUCCGGCAGGCUGCUUUCCUGCAGCUGAGGAGACAACAUUCGUGGACUUCCUUUUGAUGAGGAUAUGUCACUGUUGUCAGGGCAACUGUUAACAGUGGCGUAUCAUAUUUUCUCCUCUUGGGUUGCGUGCUGAAUAUUUCAGUGUGCAGUAGCUGGGAAGAAGCUAUGGGAGAGGAAAAAGGUGCUGCAUCAGGAAGGAAAGACGACAUGGGAUCUGACUGAACAGGUUAAGGCAGCGAGGAACAGGAGGCGGCUUCCAAACCAAUGUGCCUUUAAUUAAAGCUUUUCCGUCUAGGUGGAAUAAACUGCAGGCCUUCAUCUGCCAAGUGGAUGUUAGCAUUUCUUAGCACACUGUAACAGGAGAUCUGUUACAAAUGAACAGGCAGCUAUGCAGCUUACUUAGCCGUGAAGCAAAUGUAUGUAUUGUACUAAGCCAGAAAACAGCAAUAUGCCUGGUUCAGCGACUGCUGUACGUCAAGAAAGACUGAAGAAGGCAAGCGUAAGGCCAAAUACACCAGUUUUGUUCACCAUUAAUGAGGAGGAUGAACAGCAGAAAAACAACCAUCCCAAACGAACGAAAGUGUCUGAAAGUUCUAAAGCACAAGACAAAAAAUCUGCUUCAUCCAACCGGUCUUCCUCUGCUGCUGUUGGUCAGAACAAUACUGGAGCUAAGCCAGAAACUGCACCAGUGCUGAAAGUUGAUGAAAGACAGCGACUUGCACGAGAACGCAGAGAGGAACGGGAAAAAAUUCUAGCGGCAAGAGAAGUUGCAUGGUUGGAAAAAGAAGAGAGAGCGAGGCAAUAUUAUGAAAAGCAUCUAGAAGAGCGCAAAAAGAAAUUAGAAGAACAGAGGCUAAAAGAAGAGAGAAGACGAGCUGCAGUUGAAGAGAAACGAAAACAGAGAAUAGAAGAGGAUAAGGAGCGACAUGAAGCUGUGGUGCGACGCACAAUCGAGAGGAGCCAGAAACUGAAGCAGAGGCAAAAUAGGUGGUCCUGGGGAGGUACACUUCAUAGCAGCAGCAGCAUUAAUAACAAAGAUCCAGACAGGCGGUCUGUUUCAACAAUGAACCUUUCGAAACAUGUUGAUCCAGUCAUUAACAAGCGGCUCUCCUCCUCAUCUGCAACAUUACUAAAUUCUCCAGACAGAGCUCGACGGCUGCAGCUCAGUCCUUGGGAGAACAGCAUUGUGAGCAGACUUUUGACCCCAACACAUUCCUUCUUGGCCAGGAGUAAAAGCGCAGCAACGUUGGCAGGAGAUGCAGCAUCUUGCAGCCCCAUCAGCCCUCUGUCCUUCAGGGCUAUAAGCUGUCGAAAUCCAGCAGACAGAGCAAAACUUUUUGGUGCAACAUUUGAUGUUGGACGUAGGAGGACUACACAGUCAGCAGGGGCGAACAGAAAAGAAAAGGAGAGGGGCCUCUCAUUCUCUAAUCCUGGCAAAAAAAGGGCUCGUUCACCUUCUGCGUUUAGAAGUAAAUCAUCUGCUUGGCAUGCCUCCAGGUCUUUGCCUUUUUUGCCUGGAACGCCCAGAAAAGUAACCACAACACCUGGAUCAUCCAGAUUCUCCUCUACUCAGCAACGGCCUCCUUCUCCUGGCAACAUUCGACCUGUCAAACAUGAAAAAAAAAAGGAAAAUGAGAAAAAAGAAAAAAAUCAGGAAUUUCGGAAGGCAGUUGAAGAUGAGACGGGCAAUGGGAAGGCAAACCCAAAUCUCAGAGAGGCUGCAAAUGUAGAAGAACCUAGUAAACCAGAGACCAUGCAUAGUGCUGUCCCAGUUCUGUCCCCUCCUGCUUCAGCUGCCUCACCGUCUCCUGUCUGCAGCAAACCUUCUGCAGGGACAACAGACCCAGAAGAAGCAGCCAGGGUGCUUGCUGAAAAAAGACGACUAGCCCGGGAACAACGAGAACGGGAAGAGCAAGAAAGAAGGGAGAGGGAAGUGGCUGAAAGGCAAAAGAAGGAGGAGCUGGCACAGAGGAUAGCUGAAGAGCGAGCUCGUCGAGAGGAAGAGGCAGAGCAGAAGCAAAGAGAGGCAGAACUGGAGCAGGAGAAAGAAGAAGCACUGCGCUGUCUGGCUGAAGAAAAAGAACAGAAAGAGAGGGAGGAAAUGGAACGGCUUCAGAAGCAGAAAGAAGAAGAAGCUCGGUUACGAGAAGAACGGAUCCGGUUAGAGCGUGAAAAGCAUUUCCAAAGAGAAGAACAAGAGCGUUUAGAAAGAAAGAAGCGCCUUGAAGAGAUUAUGAAAAGAACUAGACGAACAGAAGCUGCAGAGAAGAAGUCGAAUGAGCAGCAAAACGGGGAGAUAACAAAAGAUGCAGUGACCAGCCCUGUGAUCGACUCUCAGGUUCAGCAUGUGCCAGAAUCUCCACGCAAUGGGGAAAUGGUAACCCACACACAUGUGCUCAUUUCACAUCAGCCCACAACAAAUGUAGACAGUAAUCUCAACCCAGGAAAACAUGCAAAUGAAAAUGGAGUGUCUAUGCAGAAUGAAAACUUUGAAGAGAUCAUCAACUUACCUAUGGAAACGAAACCAUCAAGGUUGGAUGCCCUGAACAAUGAUGAAAAAGAUAGCUCUGAAAUUCCGUUGACUCCAAUUUUGGCCUUUGAAGAUAAGGGGACACUUGGGCCAUUGCCUCAGGUAGAUAAUGUUCAAACGCAUCAGACAGCAGAAGUUAUUUGAUUUCUGCUUUUGAAUUACCAAAGGCAAAGUAAGCAUCUCUACAGCCAAUGGAGUUCCUUCCAUGCUAUGAAGGAGUGUUGUAUUUUUUGCACUCUCGAGUUUUCUAAAGACUUCUUGGGUAACUGGACAACUUUUUUUUUAAGGACCAUAGUAAAACCAGCAGCAGAAGAAUUUAUUGGGAAUAGUCCUGGAUUAUCUUUCUAUCACAUAGAUUUCACCACUAGAAAAAUCAUGUUCCAUGUGCAUAAAUUGCUUUUCCCCGGCACACUCCUUUGGUUAGCAAAAUGAAUAUUUUCUGCUUUCUUGAAGACACGGGAUUCUAACAAUGACAGGCUGAUCAGGUUAAUGGACCUGUUGUUGUCUUUCUGUUUUGUUUUUCUGUUUUGAGGAUGGGCGUUUUGGUUUUAAAAGGUACAAUGUAAAAUCAGCAAGAAAUCUUUUUACAUUUUACUGAUUAAAUACUUGAAAAGUAAACACCUCAUUGCUCUAGAAGUAGGGCUACUGAGGUGUUUUAUUUAAACCAGCUGGUUUAAAUAUUAUUGCAGAGAACUCUUAAUUAUGGGGGCAAAAUAUAGGCUUCUGUAUCAGGUUCUUGUAAAUGUAUCUCCUUCAUGGACAUUCUGUAUAUUUAGGCUUCACUACUGUUGUCUUGCAUUUUCUUUUAAAAUAAAAUAACAAAGCAGGUUUUAAAAUGUGAAAAAUUAAAAGCAUUAUUUUUUCAUGGAUAAGAUGAAAACCUGUUGUUAUCCUAGAUAAUGUAUUUAUUAAUUUUGUUCAGUAUAAAAUAAAUCAUAGAAAAAUGUGGUCAAAAUCUACAUUUGUAAACUUGA